UGGGCAGGGAGGCCACUCAGCAGUGAUCAGGUCACAAGGCUGGGGGAACCCAGUGGGGCCUGGGCCUCUGGCCCCCACCUCUCUGGUCCCACCAUCUCCUCCUGGUUCUGGGCCAGUCACUUUAAAGGAUUUAAUUACUGCAACUGUGCUUGGGGGUCUUACAUCUGCGGCUUCCAGAGUAGGCCACCAGUUGCUGGUUGAGAAGACAACCGACUCACCAGCGGUGGAGUUCUCGCUGGUGGAGGACGUGGCGCUGCACUUCGCCUGCUUGAUGGGCCGUCUGAACGAGCAGCGGCUCUUCCAGCCCGACCUCUGUGACGUGGACCUGGUGCUGGUGCCCCAGCGCAGCGUCUUCCCGGCGCACAAGGGCGUGCUGGCCGCCUACAGCCAGUUCUUCCACUCGCUCUUCACCCAGAACAAGCAGCUGCAGCGCGUGGAGCUGUCCCUGGAGGCGCUGGCGCCGGGCGGCCUGCAGCAGAUCCUCAACUUCAUCUACACGUCCAAGCUGCUGGUCAACGCCACCAACGUCCACGAGGUGCUCAGUGCCGCCUCCUUGCUGCAGAUGGCCGACAUUGCCGCGUCCUGCCAGGAGCUGCUGGACGCCCGCUCCCUCGGACCCCCGGGCCAAGGCACCGUGGCUCUCGCCCAGCCGACGGCCAGCUGCACCCCGGCCACGCCACCCUACUACUGUGACAUCAAGCAGGAGGCUGACACCCCGGGCCUGCCCAAGAUCUAUGCCCGUGAGGGCCCCGACCCCUACUCGGUGCGUGUGGAGGACGGGGCUGGGACCGCUGCUGGCACAGUGCCCGCCACCAUUGGGCCAGCCCAGCCUUUUUUCAAGGAGGAAAAAGAGGGAGGUACUGAAGAGGCCAGAGGGCCCCCGGCCAACCUCUGCAAGCUGGAGGGUGGUGAGGAGCUGGAGGAGGAGCUCGGGGGCCCUGGCAGCUACAGUCGCCAGGAGCAGUCCCAGAUCAUCGUGGAGGUGAACCUCAACAACCAGACUCUGCACGUGUCCACAGGGCCCGAGGGGAAACCGGGCACUGGGGCAAACCCGGCCACCAUGGUGCUGGGCCGGGAGGACGGGCUGCAGAGACACUCGGAGGAGGAGGAGGCUGAUGAUGAUGAUGAGGAGGAGGAGGAGGAGGAGGAGGGUGGUGGCAGUGGAGGGGGAGAGGAGGAGGAAGAGGAGGAGGAGGAGGAUGGCGGCAGCCAGGGAGAGGAGGAGGACGAGGAGGAGGAGGCGCACACAGAGCCAGAGGAAGAAGAGGAGGAAGAGGAAGGGCACAGUGAGCAGGAUCCAGAGAGCUCAGAGGAGGAGGAGGAGGAAGACGAGGAGGAGGAAGGAGAGGCCGAAGGUGGGCAGGGGCCAUUGGGGACCGGGGGGCGCCAGGGCAGCCGAGCAGACCCCCCUGCCCACAGUCGAAUGGCCACGAGGUCCCGGGAGAAUGCCCGGCGCCGGGGCACCGCUGAGCCUGAGGAGGCUGGGCGGCGGGGUGGGAAGCGGCCGAAGCCCACUGGAGUGGCCCCUGCACCCGCCCGUGGGUCACCAGCCACCGACGGGCUGGGGGCCAAGGUGAAGCUGGAGGAGAAGCAGCACCACCCAUGCCAGAAGUGCCCACGGGUCUUCAACAACCGCUGGUACCUGGAGAAACACAUGAACGUGACCCACAGCCGCAUGCAGAUCUGCGACCAGUGUGGCAAGCGCUUCCUGCUGGAGAGCGAGCUGCUGCUGCACCGGCAGACGGACUGUGAGCGCAACAUCCAGUGUGUGACGUGUGGCAAAGCUUUCAAAAAGCUCUGGUCCCUUCACGAGCACAACAAGAUCGUGCAUGGCUACGCGGAGAAGAAGUUCUCGUGCGAGAUCUGUGAGAAGAAGUUCUACACCAUGGCCCACGUGCGCAAGCACAUGGUGGCCCACACCAAGGACAUGCCCUUCACCUGUGAGACCUGUGGGAAGUCCUUCAAGCGCAGCAUGUCCCUCAAGGUGCACUCCCUGCAGCACUCGGGGGAGAAGCCCUUCAGAUGUGAGAACUGCAAUGAGCGCUUCCAGUACAAAUACCAGCUGCGGUCACACAUGAGCAUCCACAUCGGCCACAAGCAGUUCAUGUGCCAGUGGUGUGGCAAGGACUUCAACAUGAAGCAGUACUUUGAUGAGCACAUGAAGACCCACACAGGGGAGAAACCUUACAUCUGCGAGAUCUGCGGCAAGAGCUUCACCAGCCGGCCCAACAUGAAGCGGCACCGGCGCACGCACACGGGCGAGAAGCCGUACCCGUGCGACGUCUGCGGCCAGCGUUUCCGCUUCUCCAACAUGCUCAAGGCCCACAAGGAGAAGUGCUUCCGUGUCAGCCACCCGCUGGCCACCGACGGGUCCCCGGCCCCCGGCCUGCCCACUGCCCCGCCCGCGCACACGCUGGCCCUGCUCCCGGGGCCACCGCACCUGCCACCUCCGCCACCACUCUUCCCCACCACGGCCCACGGCGGCGGCAGGGUGGACGCCAACAACUGACCCAGCGCUCCUGCGGGACCUGGAGCCCAGGGCUGCUCCAGGAGGGACCCCGCUGCCCUCCCCUCCUUCCUGGGGCCGCUGCCCCGGAGGCCCUGACCCCGAGGGGCGCGCAGGCUGGCAGCCCCCCAGAGCUGGUGGAGGACACCUCACUCCGAAGUGCCCCCCUUUCUGCAACUUUUUGAAGCCUUUACUUUUUUUUUUUUUUUUUUGAAAGUGAAGGAUAAAAGAUAGUUUGCAGCACCCCCUCCAGGUGAGGGGGGUGCUGGAGGCAGCAGGUACAGUGGGAGGGAGGGGCCUGAGCAUGAGCCGCAGGUAUGGCUGGUCAUGGCUCUGAGUCCUGAGCCAGGCUGGGCCUAGGUUAGCCUCAGUAAUUCAUCCUCACCUCCUCUGGGCCCCUAACUUGCCCCAUCACCUUGGAGGCUUUGGGGAGAAGUUGGAGUAUCAGCUCCCCCUGGAGAAGUUGUGCACCCGAUCUGAGGGCUGUGGACACAGAGGCAGGGCCUUGAGACUGGACAUCUGUGAGCAUGUGGGAUGGGAAGUAGCCAGGUGCAGACCCAGUUCUAUUCCCUGUGUAGUACGCCAGGUGGGGGCUGGCCCCCAAGGAUUUGCUUUACUCAUUUAUACCCUUGCUAUCAGGCACAGAGAUCCCCAACCUGCACCACACGGCACCCGGGGCCCCAAGUCUGGGAGGUGUCCCAGAGUUGCUGGACCUCAGUUGCUGUGGGCCAGGCCCUGGGUAGGCAGACAGGCUGACUUUCUGCAGCACCUUCUCACUGGGGUUGCAGUCAAGGAGUCCCUGCAAAUGGCUGAGACCCCAGGGGCAGGGCCCCAGGAGGCUUAGGCAAACAUUUUAGGGUUCCAAGGUGCUAUCAGUGGGGAGGGGAGAGGGCUACUGUUCAUAGAGCACCCCUGUCCUUUCCCAGCUACCCUGGCUAUAUUACCUACACCAGGAGACGUGCACAUAUGUCUGAGUCUGUCAGCUCCCCAAAGGCUAGCUCCAGGCCUCAUCCCCUCCCUAGGCCUAGCCACAACCUGCCCAGCUGGCUCCUUGCCCCUCCAGGGUCUCUGCACUGAUGGGUGGGCACCCACAGACCUGCCUGUGAGAGGAGCCUGCAUGUUCAGGCCCUGGGGGAGCCCAGCCUGUACCCAAUGCUUGCCCCAGGAGGCAGGCACUACUAAUAGGAUACCUUUUUUUGUUGUCAUUUAACGUCUUUAUUCCUACCUUUAAAAGUGGGAGGAAGGUUCCAUAAGCUACAUGUUUCCUAGUUAAGCUCUUUCCUAUUGUGUUUCUUAGAUUUUUGUUUGUUAUACUCUUUGCACCUUACACCCCCAAUUCUCCCCCCACACCACCCACCACCUUCCCAGUACAGCUGGAGUGGGAAGAGGCCUGGGCCCAAGGGACUGGUAGAGGAACUGAACCCCUCUGACCUUCUUGGAGGCCCAUGGCGCGGGGGGGCAGAGGGCUGGGGACAUUUUAAUCAUCAAUAAACGAAGCACUUUAUUCUGUACAGAUGUGGGCAGGCCCAAGGUGCCCGAAUGAUUUGAGGAUCUAUAGUCCAAGCCACACCACGCUGGUUAUUUUGGGCUUGGAGGGGCAAUUCCUGCAGCUUCCCGGUGCUUGGGCCCUUCCCUGGCCUGGCCGAGUCUGAGACUGCUGUUGGAGCAAUACCAACCAGAGUCUAUAGAUAGACCCUCAGGCACCCCUGUGUGUCCUCUGGGAGAGAAGCCCCUUCCUGGGGAUGAGGUUCCAGCAACUUGCAGAGUCAGGGCUGAGCCUUGCAGCCUCCUGUUUUACAUAGCUUUUCUUCCUCCCCCAUCCCCCUUGAUCUCUGGGCUUCCGUGAUGUCCUCAGGGUCCCCUUCCCUCCCACUUGUUAUUUCUAACCUCUGGCCCCAGUGCCUGGCAGCUCUUUAGAGCUGGCUCACAUUUCCCCCCAAAAGUGGAUCUCCCCAUGUGGGCUGUAGGCAGGUACCCCAUGGCUUCUCCAAUUCAUCACUGGCACUAGGGUCUUCCAUGGCCCUCCUUCAGCCCGCGUCGACCUGCAGUCUGUCCCGCCAUAUUUUAGCAAUCAGAGGUCAAAGGCAGGGAAAUAGCAGAGAAACCGUGUGCCAGGAGCUGGAUUUCCUGGUCUUGUACGUGUCCUCUGUAGAGGUAGGCAAGGGGGUCCAGGCAACUGGCUGGGCACUUGUCAAAAUGGUCACUGUAGCUGUAGGUGGGCAUGGCCAGCCCCUCUCCUGGGAGGCCCUGUGUUCCUGGUGCUAAACGUUGUCUUCAUCUUGGGCCCGUGUUGAGGGGAACACCUUUCCGGUCAGACCACAAGGCCAGAAGCAAUAAUGGAACCUCAGCAGUGCCGGUGUGGAUUGGGGUUCUCGUUUUAUCAGCCUUUAGUUUUCUUUUUAAGACAAAUUGCUGAGUACCCAGGUGUUGGUGUGAGGGGGCUGGGGAAAGGGAGGCUGGGGAUCAUCACCUGGGGUGGAACUGCUGGGAUUCCUCUGUGCAGCUGGUUUUUUUUUCAGUCUGUUGGACCAGAUCUCAGGUGGCAGAGCCUGGGCCUGCCACCGCCUCGGCUUCCCUGGGAACUGUGGUCUUGGGCCAGCUGUGGGGGAUGGUGAGCGUGAGAGGUGGGCCUCCAGCCCCUUGACCACAGUUCUAGGAGCCAGGACUGGGCUCAGAACCUGAGCCUGUGACCCUGGCUUGUGCUGCCACAAGCUCCACAGUGCCCUUCACAGGGGCCUAGGUGUGGGUGCCCUGCAGCCCCAGAAUGUGGGGGACAGCAGGGUGAGAGUGAGAAGAGCGAAGGGGAAUAAAGUCAGUACAACUCCUG